AUGUCUACGACUACGGUAGAUGACGUCAAAGACAAGACGUUCGACUUCAUCGUCUGCGGUGGAGGGACUGCCGGUCUCACACUCGCUGCCCGCCUCAGUGAAGACCCUCAGAACUCGGUUCUUGUCUUGGAGGCAGGCGAGGCGAACAUCGGAGACAUGGCGCUAUUGCGCCCGGCCUCAUACGGUAGCCACUUUGGGAGGCAGGAGUACUCGUGGAAUCACGAAACGACCAAGCAGAAACUGACUGGGGAUAGUGCGCAUAUGUGGCACAGAGGGAAGGGUCUUGGAGGUAGCUCCGGCAUCAACUUCUUGUGUUGGAUCAAGCCGCCUAAGCAAGACAUCGAUGAUUUCGAGCGUCUUGGCAACCCCGGCUGGAACUGGUCGAACUUUGAGAGAUACAUCCAUCGUACCGAAGGCUUCGUGCCGCCGAAUGAAGACGUCCAGAAGAACAUGAAUAUGAAGUUCGAUACGUGGAACAUGGGUACAAGCGGGCCGCUGGCUAUCGCAUACCCUGCAACUAUCGACCAGUCGGAGUUGAAAGUCCAAGAGACGCUGUUGAACGCCGGCAUCCCACAAGCUGCGAGACCUAUGAACGGCGACCCCGCAGGGGUGUACUUCGCGCCGUGCACAUACGAUCCCAAGACGCACACACGGAGUUAUGCGACUACUGCGUUCUAUCUUCCGUACAAGGAUCGCUCAAACUUUACCGUGCUCGUUUCCGCACAUGUCAACCGGGUCAUCCCGGCGUCCGAUGACGGAUCGCAAUUUGUUGCCGAGUCGGUCGAAUUUGAGCACAAGGGCCAGGUUUACACCGUUCGUGCUAAGAAAGAUAUCAUCCUGAGCGCCGGCGCUCUGAAGAGUCCUCAGCUACUUGAGCUUUCAGGCAUAGGAAACCCCAACAUUCUCCGCAAGAUCGGCAUCCCCACCAAGGUUGACCUCCCGGGCGUUGGUAGCAAUGUGCAAGAGCACAUGAACGUCGCCAUCAGCUUCGAGCUCCGAGAUGAUGUUGAAUUUGACACCAUGGACCUCCUGGCGGAUCCCGCCGUGCUCGAGAAGCACGUCGAGUUGCAUUCCACCGGUACCGGUAUCUUCACUACGGGUAUUGUCGGGUUCGCCUUUGCCAAGCUGAGCGAAAUCAGCCCGAGAGCAGACGAGAUCUUUGAAGCAGCGGAACACAAGAUGAUGAAGAAUGGUAACACCUAUCCGCCUGGCCUGCUCGAGCAGUACAAGAUAUCUCUCGAGCGUCUCAAAGAUGGCGUUGGCUGCGAGUUCAUCAGUUUCCCGGGGAUGUGCUCUCAGCCGAACCCACCAGAGAAGGGGAAGCGUUACGUCUCCUUCUAUGCUGCGACAAACCAUACCUUCUCCAGAGGGACUAUCCAUGCAUCAUCUAAGGACCCGGCUGUAGAUGCCCAGUUUGAUCCUCGCUACUUCGACGAAGAAGUCGAUCUUCAAGUCUGGGUCGAGAUGGUGAAGUUUGCGAGGAGCCUGCGCAACAUAGCUCCACUCAAGGACAUGACCACCAAGGAAUUGAACCCUGGCCCCGAGGUUCAAACAGACGAAGAAAUCGUCGGCUGGAUCAAGAAGGUCAUGUCGACUACUUGGCACACUGCGAGCUCUUGCUCGAUGCUUCCGAAAGCGAGCGGUGGUGUGGUGGACCCUCACCUCAAGGUGUACGGCACCGAAAACCUCCGCGUCGUCGAUCUUUCUGUCGUCCCUUUGCACAUUGCAGCCCAUCCUCAGUCUACCGUCUACGCCAUUGCCGAGCAAGCUGCGGACAUCAUUCAGGGAAAGCAGACUUUUCGGGUCUAAUCGAGUGGCUAUUGCGCGUUUAUAGGCGAGGGCGCCUGAAUGCGAGCCUUCAGUGUCUGUAUGAAGUUGUUGAUCC